GGCUAGCUUGUAUGGUUGCACAUUUAUGUCAUUUUUCCUCAUAACCAACAACAUUUUGUGGAGUGAAUCAUUGUCAUCUAGGAACAAAUUACACGAAUGAUACCAAACAGGAGGAAAAUUUUGCAGCUGAUGUAGUCAGAAAUGUCAACAGCCCUAUUAAAAGACCAGUAGGAUUCUAAUGAGGCUAAGGUUGGACUGGUGAAGGAAGUCACUGUUAAUAUUUGUAAAGGACAACAAAUCCUGCUCCUAUUUUGCUAUGCAGGGAAUUUCAGAAAUGGAUUAGUGAAGAUGAAUAUACAAUAAAGUCGGUGGACUGUAAUUUGCUUUAAAGGUGUAUAUUAUAUUGUAGAAGUUUUCAAGCAUGCCUGAGCUGAAAAAGUGCAAAAUGCAAUUCUGCAGAAGAAGACUAAAUUGUUUGCAGGCAUGCCUGAGCUGAAAAAGUAUAAAAUGCAAUUCUGCAGAUGAAGACUGAACUAAUUUUUUUAUCAUUGCACAUGUUUUCGUUGAACUUUGUUGGACCAAGUCAAAGAACUGCUGAGAAAAGAAAUGAAAAUUUGAAUUACUAUAACAUUGAUGCAUCAGGAAAGACAACAUAAUACAGCAGAUGAAGAAAAAAAAAAACACAUGCAGGUGUGCAGCUGUAUGCCUCAGAUCAUGAAACUUGUGCCUGGAAUGCAUCUGAAUCUUUUGCAGUACCUUGGACAGUUGUCAUUCUAUUAACAAGAGCUAUGGAAUAAUUACACCCUGCAUCUUUACAUUUGAUCCGAAGGAUCCCCUGAGCUGCUUUACAAGACAGUCUUUGUGUUUGCAAUAUUUAUUUCAUCUUAUAUCCUGGCAUGAAUGAAAAGUGUUCUAAAGACAGAGGAUGGUGCUAAAAGCCCUGACUGAGCAUUGCUAUGCAUCCGAACCAUUUAAGGCAAUUACCUGAUCCUCCAGAGCUGUAGAGCAUUUUAACUGACUGCCGUAAAUGUCACACUGAAUGGCAUCCUGUUAUGCUUUGACAUUUUUAAGCUGCUACUCUUUUCAUAUACAUAGUAAUUUGAAGAAAUGCAUGGUUUGAAACAUGUUUCGCUGAUAACUCUAUAUUUUAAACAUCUGAAUUCUGUGGAAAAGAGCCAUUUAUGUGAAACUGGAUUUAACUCUCAUGACUGACAGACAAUGAUAUCAUUGUUGCUUUUAUAUUUAACAUGCAUCUGCUUUUUAGUUAGAAACCAUUGUUGUUUUACAGCCUAGAAGUUUACAGCCUAGUGGAUGGAAUCAGAAGUGAAGAAGUUUUCACAUGGAAUAACUUUCACAGCGGUAUGCUAAAACACAGCUUUUUAACUUAUACUUGAUGGACAGAACUGUUGUCGAUUCUGCACAAGCACUAGCAAUGGUGAUAGACAUCAAUCUCAGUGAACUUGUGCAUGACCAUCUGCCCAUUGACACUCUAGAAAAUCUCCACCAAAGUCAGGUGGCACUUGCAUUUCCCUUUGUGACUGAAGUAGUCCAGGUCCCAACCCAGGAACACCUUCUGACUGUAAAUUCCAGUAACUCCACUGAGUGCUUAGAGGAGAUUUUGCUCCAUGGGGAUGUUGAGAAGGUUGUCAUCGGACUGGUGCUGUCUAUCAUCACAUUAAUGACAAUUGCAGGCAACUCCUUGGUAAUCAUUUCAGUCUGCAUCGUUAAAAAGCUCAGACAACCUUCCAAUUACCUGGUGGUCUCUUUAGCAGCUGCUGACCUCUCUGUUGCUUUGGCAGUGAUGCCCUUUGUGACAGUUACAGAUCUGGUUGGUGGGGAAUGGCUUUUUGGGAAGGUGUUUUGCAAUGUGUUUAUAGCCAUGGAUGUAAUGUGCUGUACUGCGUCGAUUAUGACUUUGUGUGUAAUCAGUGUGGACAGGUACUUAGGAAUAACACGUCCUUUAACAUAUCCAGCAAGACAAAACGGAAGUCUCAUGGCUAAGAUGGUAUUUAUAGUUUGGCUUUUAUCUGCAUCAAUAACAAUCCCUCCAUUAUUUGGCUGGGCCAAAAAUGUCACUAUUGAAAGAGUAUGCUUAAUAAGCCAAGACUUUGGAUACACAGUUUAUUCAACUGGUGUGGCAUUUUAUAUCCCCAUGACAGUGAUGCUGAUAAUGUAUUACAGGAUUUAUAAAGCUGCAAAAAUAAGUGCUGAAAAGCACAAGUUUGUGAACAUACCCAAGCACUAUGAUCAAGAUGGAGUAUAUAGCAUGGAAGAAGGUAUAAGAGCCCAUCAUAGCUCAAGAAGGGAGCGGGCAGUAGAGGAAUGUGCCACCUUAUCCAAGCUACUAAAGCAUGAAAGAAAGAACAUCUCCAUCUUCAAGAGGGAGCAGAAGGCAGCAAGGACACUUGGGAUAAUUGUUGGUGCCUUUACAUUUUGCUGGCUGCCUUUCUUUGCUCUGUCUGCUGCCCGUCCAUUCAUAUGUGGAAUUCAGUGCAGCUGCAUGCCACUGAGGUUGGAACGGACUCUGCUGUGGCUGGGAUAUGCCAAUUCCCUCAUCAACCCUCUCAUCUAUGCUUUUUUCAACAGAGAUCUACGAACUACUUUUUGGAACCUUCUGCGGUGUAAAUAUAGAAAUAUCAACCGCAGGCUGUCAGCUGCUAGUAUGCAUGAGGCCUUAAAAGUCACAGAGAGACAUGACUGCAUACUAUAAAUAAAUCUAAAAUCUGAUUUAGCACACAUUCAAAAUUUCCAUUUUUAAUAAAGAUCUUCAGCAGGAAGUAACUAAGAUAUUUGCAGCAUAGGUCAUACUUAACAUAUGGUAUAUAGUGCUAAUUCCCUUACCUUUAGCAAGAACAAAGAUUUAUAGAUAUGGAAUGUUUCCUGUUCAGCUUCUCACAGUGCAAACUUAGUUUUGAAAUAAACUUUGCUAUUUGGGGCUCUUGAAAGGGUGUCUUCUACAUAUGGCUAUUUGAGGCAAGGAGCAGGAGGGGAAUAAUUUUUAAAUACCAAAAUUGAAAGUUUUGGUGCAACAAACUUAUGUUAGUUCUCUCCUGGUCUUGUUGGCUUUAUGACAGUACAUUUACAGUGAAAUAUCUGCAAAACCUGUAGAGUAUGGCACUUUAAUGAGGAAGAAGCUUUGCAAUAUUGGCAAAAUAUCCAGAGUUGGAUAACAAUUCAUCUAAGGACAUCCACAAAGCUGCACCAGAUAUUAUGAAGGGAAGUCUUGUAGAACUGCUGAAAACCAGACCAGACCCUUUGUAUUUCUCAGAGAUGUGCAUUAUUAGUAAACAAAAGUUCUUUUAUAAGCAGUAAACAAUGUUUAACAAAAACAAAAGCUGAUGGCCAAGUCAUCAUCAGAUGUAAGUUGUCUUAGUCUUACAUAGAUUAAGCACCCAUGACUAUAAUAUAACUCAUUCACCUAAUUCCUUGAGCAUUAUUAAUGUUAAGUCUAGGGAUGCAAUUUUGUCAAGAAGGUUAGUGUCAUUUGACUGAUAAGAUAAUUUAAAGUAAACAAUUGUAGUAGCUCCAGCAUCUGCAUCAGAGCUCUCAUGUUUGUGUAUAAUGUGGUGGCAAAUUUUAUGUCAGUUGCUUCCCCCUUCUCCAAGUCACAAUGCUUUAUCAUAUUCAGAAAGUGCUGUGGAUAUAGCCUGUAAUGUUAGAAUUCAAACAAAGCUACAGUACUUUUGCAGUAACAGAAAAUUAUAAAGAGAAAGGGAUAAGCCAAAUGACACCAAGUGGCAGUGAAAAAUGUCAUGUAAAACUAAUAGAUAUACCAUAACUGAUUUUCUGAUAGGUGAUAUAAGGCUCAUGCUUGCCAAAAAAUAUGACUGACAUUUUACUCAAAUUUAACAAAUGUCAAAGCAGGAAAAUACAAUAAAUCAUUGGUAGCUUUGGUUCAGUAUGUUGUGUUUUAAUGACUUCCAAAACAGUUUCAUCUCAUGCUUCUAAAAGUAUAAAUAUAACUGUGUGCUGAAUGCUUAUACUGAAAAUGAUCUCCCCUGUAUCCCUAUCAGUUUAGUUUUCACACUUGUCACAGUACUGAGAUUACCAACACUAGGAUAAAAAAUAAUCACAUUAUAAGAGGUAUGUGCUGUUAUUCUGAUAUGAUGCCACUUGAUAUUUUAGCAGCAUUUGACAUUUUCUGAUCAUAGUAUCUGAAAUGAAUAUUUUAUUUUUAUUGUAGCCAUUCAUCUCCUGUCAUGCACAAGUUUGCCUACUCCUAGAGGGAUGUGUCAGGAAUUAAUUCCUCUCACUCAUCUGCUUUGCAGCACAGGGUCAGUCUUGUGUCUGUUUGCAGUGUGUCCACCGCACCAGUAGCUCUUACUAGAAAGAUAGUGCUGCCUUACCAAUGAUACAUUGAUGGGACAUAUCUCUCCUUCCUGUAAGACUAAAUGACAACUGUGUAUUUCUUUGAAGAUGAUUUAUAAGACAUUCUUCAUUGUUUUAUCAUUGUUUUAAUCAAUUGAAACAUAACAAGUCUAGCUUGGCUGUGCAUUCUGCUUUCAGGGCUGCUUUCCCAAUGACAAAAUGCCCAAGUUUGUUUUUAAGGUUCUAAGGUGAGCGAUAAUGGCAUAAUCUCAAUAACUGACUGCAAUUUCAGAACCAUGUUUCAGCCAUGCUUAAAUCACCUCAUGCCAUCUAAAGAAUAUCUUCAGAAUCAAACAUCAGAACCCUUCUGAAGGAGGAUCUCUGAGCUGAUGUGUGUUCCUGUAAAUUUACUCCUCAGCUAUUCUAAUGAUUUCUACUUGGGGCUUUCUGAAGCCAAAAUGAAUCGUUUGUAGCUUGUGCAAAACUCCAUUGCCUGCUUACCUACUAGUAUACAUCACUGCCAACAUAUCAUCUCUAUAAUGUGGAGAUCACAUUUCAUCUCUUUCUCUAGUCUUGUACUGCAUUUAAUGGAUCUGUGUAGGUGUUCUUUGCCUUGCAUGACUUGUGUCUCUAUUAUCCAAAACAUUUAAUUUUCCCCAACUGUCUAUCAAGGGUUUUUGUUCUGUCAGCACUGGUGUUCUAAUAGUUGCAAGGUGUGGCUUGACACGUUAGUUGUCUGUCAUUUGUAUAUCAGACUCUGCACCUCUUCAGUCUUACAAGAGUACCUUAGGGAGUGCCCCACAGUGACCUAAUUCAGGAGCAUUCUUAAAACAUAUGUUUUUGUAACUAACUUUUAAUGGUGGAUCAAAAAACCUGCUCUUCUAUUUCUGUUUGUAUUCAUUAUUGUUCCAGCUUUUGUGUUUUAUAUUUAUGAGUUUGUACUAGUUGAGUUUUAAGCACUUUAAUAAAGAUGAAGUUGAAUUUGAA